GAAGAGUCAGGAUCCCUCAAAGCAAGUAGAGCUUGCAUUCAGCAUCUCGCUCUCGCACCAAAUACAUUUGUCCGUGCGCAAAGCUCGCAAUCAUGAUUAAAAAAAAAUCGCCUUCCGAGAACGAGUUUAACAUCCCGGCCAAAAACUGCUACAGGAUGGUGAUUCUAGGAUCCACAAAAGUUGGCAAGACGGCCAUCAUCUCUCGGUUUCUGAAUAAAAAAGUUGAGGACCAGUAUACGCCGACCAUCGAGGACUUUCAUAGAAAAUUAUACAGCAUUCGGGGAGAUGCGUACCAAUUGGACAUUCUGGACACCUCUGGAAACUAUCCCUUCCCCGCUAUGAGGAGACUAUCUAUCCUUACUGGUGAUUUUUUUAUCUUGGUGUUCAGUCUGGAUAACAGAGACUCCUUCCAAGAGGUGCAGCGCCUGAAGCAUCAAAUUUACGAGACCAAGUCCUGCCUGAAAAACAAAACCAAAGAAAACGUGGAUGUCCCGAUCGUUAUCUGCGGGAACAAGUGUGACCGGGAGUUUAACCGGGAGGUUCAGAAUGAGGAGAUUGAGCAGCUGGUGGUUGGUGAUGAACAGUGUGCCUACUAUGAGAUCUCUGCAAAACGCAACACUAAUGUCGACCAGAUGUUUCAGACUCUUUUUACCAUGGCUAAACUGCCCAACGAGAUGAGCCCGGACUCUCACCGAAAAGUGUCCUUACAGUUUUGCGAAGUACUGCAAAACAGCAGAAGAAAGUCAUUCAGAAAUAAGAAAUUCAAAGACAGCGAGGUAUAUGGGAUUGUGGCACCGUUUGCGCGCCGACCAAGCGUGCACAGUGACCUGAUGUAUAUCAAAGAGAAAGCUACUGGCUGCAGCCAGGGAAAAGAGAAAGACAGAUGCACCAUCUGCUAAGGACUCACUUGACAAUGCACAUGGAGACAUGUUACGAGAUGUUUAAUACAGCGAUGAAGACGAUACCCGCCAGGCUUCUCGCCAGUUUGCCGAGUCCGGGAUAAGGCAGCACGCCAAGACGCAGUGACAGCCAGGGGUGUAUGUCCUAAACCAUGCGAGAAGGCAUUCCAUGGUCAGUCAGUCAGAUAUUUCCCUGUGGAGUCAGGGUGAUCAAAUGUGAUCUGGCUUAUGAUAACCUCUAGUGUUCUUGUUACUAUAGCUACAUGCUGUAAAAUGAUGUAGCCUACACUUAUGGGGUGGCAUUUGUUUACAUUUUGCUUAUUUUUUCUCAUUUUUUACACGGAACUGAACUUGAAUGUUAAUUGCAUAAUUAUCGCAUAUGAAUGUAUAUUCUUCUGUCAGAGUUUACUUUUCACAAAAAAGAAACUUGGAGAAAUUAAAUUAUACAUCUGAAAUGUA